UAGUCUACAUAUGUUGCAUCGACAUCAUAUCAAGCCCUUCCAUUCGUUCAUCUGUAAAAACUUUCCAAGAGCUGAUGAAGGCAUAAUGGUACAGCUCGCUAGCUAGUGUACAACUUUGGACCCUGGAGUAGCUUCGUCCAUGGAUGCAGGAGGCAGAGGCAGGGACUCCGUCUUCCCGUCACCAUUGACACCGUACUCCUCUUCUCUCGCAUCAUCAUCUUUGCCGUCGGUGUCAUCUCGGCACGCAUCGUCGAUGGUCACGACGAGCUUGCCGAUCCUGGUGCUGACGGUGCUUGGCAUCCUCACCACCUCCGCCCUCCUCCUCACCUACUACGUCUUCGUCAUCCGCUGCUGCCUCACCUUCCACGCCACCUCUGACUCCGACUCAGGCUCCAGCUCCGGUGGACUCAUCUCCAUCUCCAUCUCUCGCCGCCGCCGCAGCAGAGGCAGCGACAACGGUCACCUUCCAGUGGUGGUGGCGCCUCCGCCUUGUGGGCUCCGCGAGCAGGUCAUCCAGGCACUGCCGGUGUUCAGGUACAACAAGGCCACCAAAAGCAACGACGCUAGCGAGUGCGCGGUGUGCCUUGGUGAGUUCAUGGAGGAAGAGACGGUGAGGCUGCUGCCGAAUUGCCUACAUGUCUUCCAUGUGGAUUGCAUCGACACCUGGCUCCAGGGCAACGCAAACUGCCCGCUCUGCAGGGCCGCCAUUGCCAACCAGCUUCCGUCGGUGGGUGUCGAUCGGCUCCAGAGACCAGAGGAGGUAGUUAUUCAGAUGCAGGUCGCCACAGACAGUGCUGUAGACGAAGGCACAGCAGCUAGAUGACAGCGGCGGCGGUGUAGGCACAUUGUAGGAAGGAAGUGGUUUUAGUUUGAUAACUUGGCAGGCUGCUCACACAUUCUAGUGAACAUCGUUAUAUGGCAUUGUUUUCCAUUUACUUAUUUUCCUUUUGCAGAUUGCAAGAUAUGUAAGCAGCAGAAUAUAUGGAAAUCGUUACCCCUAUUUGUUAACGAUGGUUGGUUCUGA